AAAACCUGGAAGAGAAUAAAAAACUGCAUUACAGUGGCCCCACAUAUUUUCUUGUACUUGUUUGAUUAGCUCAGCCUCUUCUCCUCCCUGAAAGGGCUGCACUUCACCCCUCUGCAGUCCCAUGGAUUCAGAUCAGUACAGCCCAUCACUAAUUCCUAACCACUGAAUCAGGUGUCAGUGAAAAGUUACUGUGUUUUCAAAAAUAGAAAUUAAAACCCCCUCAGCACCUACCAGGCAUUCUGAGUGUCACUUUUUCUGGGUACCUCAAUAGGUACCUAAGAACCCAGGUAAUCUUUUAGAGGGGUCUCAUGACAUCAGAGAAGUCAUUUGAAAUCUUGUCAGGUUUCAAUUAUCUUUCUGAUAAUCAACAUUAUAAUUAUCUUUCUGAAAAUCCACACGUAAUAAAAACCAUCUCCAAUGAACAGCCUAGGGGAAUCCUACAUUAGGCAUAUUCUUUCUCUAACAGCUGCAUUAACAAUAAUAGCUGCAACAUCCUCAGCCCUACCAGAAGAGAAGCAGCUGAAUGACUUCUUCACCUGCUCCUCUCCAUCUCACACCCAACAGACAGCAUGAGAGCAGAGCACCAGAGCCACUCCUGACAACAGAGCUCACAACUAGAAAUGCUGUUCGCUGCAUUAGUGCUAACAAUCACUAGAUGAUAACAACUGCUGAUGAGUGCUUUACCAGAAGAAGUGUCAAACUCCAUUUUACAGAGUCUACAUUGCAUUUACAAGCUACAGAGGCUGUAGCACCUGGAGGUCCGAAAGCCAGGCCACACGUAGGAGAAAAGCCAAGAAACCUCUCUCACUGCAAGCUCUGUACUAAAUGAUAUUGCAGCAAGAUACACAAAUCCAAACAGCUAUUUGCCAACCCAGUUUUCAAAUCAAUAUUUUUUCUACUGCUAAAAAAAAAAAAAACUACGAUUUUUUUUUCCUAUUUCAAGCAGCAGCAAAGUUGUUUGCUCUAGAAGAGUUUAGCCUAAAUAAGCUCAGAGAGAAGAUUACGUGAUCAUGCCCUGGUCAGAGCAAAGACUAGAAGUCUCAGCAAUACCAGUUCAGAGAAUACUUCACUCAUCAUUGCUUUGGGCAAAUCUGUUUCCAUUCAACGAGAAAUCUGCUCCCAGAUCAGAAAAUAGCACAGAAAAAGUUCUAGUUCCAGAUGCUUGUUUGCUUCUAGAAAAGAAGAAAGAAAGAAGAACAAACAAAAACAAAACACCACCAUGUCAGUCCAAGGCUGGACUGAAGACAUAAGGAAGGGGUUGUGGCUGACUCAGGAAGCACAAAUUACAUCUCCCCACGUAACGGGAAGGGGUGAACCCAGAAGUAGCACAUAUUAGAGCUAGCUAGAGAAAGGAGAACAUCCUUUGGACUUAGACUGCUGUUUGAGGAGUGCUGCAUAGCCAGAGAGCCCCUCCACUGGCUGGGCCCAAAAUGGCUCUUGAGGACCAUCAGCCGCAGCCGCCGGUGUGGGUUGAUGAAGCAACACAGUAUCCUGAACUAGUUUUGUGUGUUGGAAAAAUAACCUUUGGUGAGAAAGCAAGAAAAAAGAUGCCAAAAAAUUCGAAACAAGAUCAAAAACACAUCCUUGCCUCUGCAGUGUGUGCCUUGCUAAACUCUGGAGGAGGUGUGGUAAAAGCAGAGAUAGAAAAUGAAAAGUACGACUUACAGAGAGAUGAUAUAGGGCUGGAUUUACAAGAUAUUUUUCGUUCUCUUCUUUUAUUUCCGGAUUUGACAAAAUACCUGGACUUUAAACAGCAGGAUAACAACCUUUUGAUUUUUAUUAAAACAUGGAACAGCGAAAAGAUGUCCUCAAUCUCUAGCUCUGCAAAGCCACGUAUCUGUAGCCUCAGUACUGGGUUGUACACAAGAAGUGGUGCUUCUCUUUCCCACGUGACCCCUGCUGAAGCUUUGCUUUUCCUUGAAGAAAAGCAAAAUAAAGCUAGGGCAGAACAUAGCACAGGACCACCUGCUAAAAAAAGGAAGACAAUGGCUGCUGAUGAAGACAUGCAUAUUGUAAAUAACACUGUUGCUGAAUUGUUUAAUAGGGACCAACUGCAGUGUGGAGAGACAUUGAAUUUCACGGAGUCAGGGAACAUAGAAUUUAAGCAUUUUUCCACUGACAAGUUUUUCACUCGUGUUAAAGAGAUAUUGCCUCAGUACAUCUCUGGAUUUGCAAAUGCACGUGGCGGGUAUUUGUGGAUUGGUGUGGAUGAUAACAGGGUUGUACAGGGAUUCAAAAGUGAUGAUGAGGGCCUCAAAAAUUUAAGAAACCUAAUUGAUUAUGUUUAUCAGGAAAAAUUAACCAUCUUCCAUUUCUGCAAACGUGGAUGUGAACACCGGAUAAAGUGUGAACACAAAAUCUUCAAAGUGUAUAAUAAGACUGUAGAGCACUAUGGCUAUGUCUGUGCUGUGAAGGUUGAACCAUUUACUUGUGCAGUGUUUGCAGAAGAUCCGCAGUCAUGGCUGUUCGACGGAGGCACUAUCAGGAGACUGAAAGGAAAUGAAUGGGCUGCGUGGAUGACCUCUGCUGAUCCAGAUCUGUCACAACUUUCUGAGAACUUUAAGCUGGAGCUCAGUGUGACAGGGGGGCCGCCCUGUGCCAAGUCAGUUUACUCACACCGGGGCCUUAACAGCCUGGAUGAUCUCUGUGAGCAACUGUUUCCAGUGAAAUCCCACAGCCUAAUAUAUACUCCAGAAAAACUCAGUAAAGAUCUCUUCCAAGAGCACCCGGGGCUGAAGAGUUUAAUGGAUGAACAGUUGAAGGAUGUUUGUGAAGGAGUUGUGAUAUUUUCCAGAAGCUGGGCUGUUGAGGUUGGCCUGUCAGAAAACCAAGACAUAAUCUGUGACGCCCUCCUAGUAGCCAACGGCAGGCCACCUAUCCUCUAUACAGUAGGUGAACAUCUCUCUGAGGGUUUAUUUCACUACUCACGACGCACAGCCUGGAGGCUGAAGGAGAAAUUAGUCAACACUGGAGGUUAUACUCACAAACUGUGUGUAAUACCAAAGCUACUGACUUUGCCUCUCAGCUCUAACUAUGGAGAAGAAUGGGAUCUGAAUGUUCAAAAACUGUAUCCUGAAGACUACGGCUCAAUCGACAGCGUCAGCUUGAAAAACCUCUUGCGUUCUCUCAUCAUAGUUUUGCUGAAUUUCAAAUCUUUCUUGAGUGACUCUGUUGGCUUUGAGUUUUUGAACCUCUUGACCAUUGAACAAUUCCAGCUACUGUCAGAAAAUCUCCACAAAACUAAGAAGCUGUAUGUUUACGGUCUACCAGGAACAGGAAAAACUAUUGUGGCCCUCAAACUCAUAGAGAAAAUAAGAAAUAUGUUUAAAUGCAAACAACAGGAGGUUCUUUACAUAUGUGAGAACAACCCUCUGAAAGAUUUUGUGAGAAAGAAGAACAUCUGCCAAGCUGUGACAAGAGUAACCUUUUUGAAGAACGAUUAUAGUUACGUGAAGCACAUAAUAAUUGAUGAAGCACAGAAUUUCCGAGAUGAGGAUGGUGAUUGGUAUGGAAAGGCAUUGGCUUUGACUUCACCAGAGCACUCUGAGCCUGGCUUUCUGUGGAUUUUCUUGGACUACUUGCAGACAACUCACUGCUUCUCCACUGGUCUUCCACCACCAAUACAGCAUGAUCCUGUGGAGAUGCUAAACAAGGUGGUUCGUAAUGCUAGCAGUAUCUAUUGCAAUCUAAAGGACAUAAUGGAAAAAAUUGUAGAGAAUCCUGCAAUCGGUAUUCUGCAAGCACGUUUACGGAGGUUGGUACGUACAGCCACAUGUGCUCGUGGUGUCAGAGGCUACUUUGAAAUAGUAUAUAAGAAAAACCGCUGUGAAAUAGCAGAGUAUGUGGCAAAGCAUUGUCAUCAUUAUCUUAGAAGUGGUUACUCUGAGAAAGAUAUAGCUAUUCUGUGCUACAACAGAGUUGAAGUAGUGAUGUACAGCAGAAUACUGAGAGGAGCAUUGAGGAUGUCAAAAGUAUUACCAAGACAAAUGGGUGAAGGGCUAGAGGAGUACACCGUUCUAGACAGCUUCCGUCGUUUCUCUGGCUUAGAAAGAAAGAUUGUGUUUGCUAUUAUUCCUUAUCCCCUUCCCAACCAUCAUGACGUUUUAAAUAAUAUAUUAGUAUCUGUAGCAUCCAGGGCUAAUUUAAACAUGCACUUGUUAUAUGAGCUUUGGUACACAGAAACAGCUCACUGUAGUACCAUAAGUACUGCUCGGAUACAAAUCUGGAGAGAUUGGCAAUUGAGAACUUUAAGCUCUUUUAUAUUAUCUGUAGCAUCCAGGGCUAAUUUAAACAUGCACUUGUUAUAUGAGCAUUGGUACAAAGAAAAAGCUCACUGUAGUACCAUUAGUACUGCUCGGAUACAAAUCUGGAGAGAUUGGCAAUGCAGAACUUUACGCUUUUUUAUAUUAGUACCUGUAGCAUCCAGAGGUAAUUUAAGCAUGCACUUGUUGUAUGAGCUUUGUUACACAGAAAAAGCUCACUGUAGUACUGCUCUGAUAGAAAUCUACUGCAUAGCUCAGGAACUCGAAAUUGUAAUCUUAUUUGAUAGGCACCUAAGGAAGUACUUUCUUAGCCACCUAAUGGAGUAGAAAAUGAAGCCUUCUGUCCAUGUUUUAACUACUAUACACAGAAAUAGCACUUACGAGAGACCUUCCCACUCAACUUCAGCAAAUCACUAUGAGUUAGAACCACCUAGUUGUAUCAGCUUUGCAUUACUGACCUUAGGUAUCAGUAGCACUUCUGUCUUGGUUUCAGACAUGCCAGUUAGGCAAAACUCUUAAAUGCAAAAUCCUUUCAAAGAGCAGAUCCAAAAUUCCUAAAACUGGAUAUCCAAAAUUGAAGGCUGGUUGAAAACAAGCCACGGACCUCCAUGUUGUUUUCCACUAUAGAAUGGCCUGUGGCUCAGCUGGUUUGGAAGAAGAAUCUAAUACUCUCCCUUUAUGCUUACAAGACACCAAUGAUUAUACUGGAUAUAGUUAAAAUAAGACAUAAUACCCAUCUGGAUCAGCCUUGGAGUAAACUUGCCUCAGGCUGUCAAAUCUGUUAGCGCAAACAUUCUUGCUUCUCUUACUUCUGGAAGCUGGAGGCAUCUUCCUUUUUUCCUUAGCCAUUAACUGGUAGUCAUUAACUAGGGAAGACUAUCUGCACGAUUCCCUUCUUGUCCUCCACACGUCAAUCAUUUAAUCAUGCCCUGCUGAUCACAGGAAUGUCACUAACACUCACUACGAUCGGAAAUAUUUUAAUGUGCUUUCAGAUCACUGCAGAAUAUCAUAUUUCCUGUGCACUUAGAUUUCUGUUCUGCUGCAGACUAAAGCAAGUCUUUUAUUUGUGUUAUGCAUAGCAUGCAUAGAGAAUCUAUUGAUAGGAAUGCAGAUGUUUAUACAAUAAAAUUGCAGCGUGGUUGCCAACUGGUGGCUGCUUGUUCUUCCUUCGUCAGAUGUUUUCAGUAUUCCCUGUUGGGCCCUCUGUGUGUUUCUGGUGUGAACCUCAGCUUACGUCAUCAGUGCUGCCUCUUCAUCUAGCUGAUUUUCACAUCUUUGCACAUUUGAUAUUUUGAAACUGGUGUGAAUUAGCUUGUGCCACAAAC